AAAAGGUACAAAAUCCUAGUUCUUCACAGUAAAAAUAAAACAACGAGUGUUAGAAAAAAACGUUGCAUAAUUCCAAUACGUUUAAAUAUUAAUCUGUGGUUACGCACAAACAACGUCGGUAGUUUUUUUUUAAUUCGGCCAGUGCUCCAAAAUCGUGCGGACGCUGCGCGCGCUGGCUGUCCGACGGUGUCCCGCGCCAACUCGCGUUAUAUAAUUAAAAAAAAAAAGAAAAGCGCGGUUUGUCUUUAGCUUUUAGUGUUUAGUGAUUUUAUUUUGUGAAUUAUUGAUUUCAUCUGACGAAUUGUUUUAAUUUGAAUGCGAGCCCUAUAACUGAUCAAGAUGGAUAAACCUACUAUGCAUAUGUUGGAUGUUCAGGAGAAGGGGGGACAGACUAGAAAAGUUAAUCAAUAUAUAGCUGCUGUUGCAGCUGCAAUAGCCGCGGUCGCUGGAGGAACAAUCCUGGCAUGGACAUCACCAGCCCUUCCACAGCUGGAACCGUUCAAAAACGUCACUAUAGUUAAUGGCACGGCCUCGAACUCCACUGCAAAUGUAACGGGCCCAGUCUUGCCAGCGAACUAUUCAGGCUACGUCAACUCCUUGGGUCAACCUGCUGACUUCCUCUUGGAUACCACGCAAAGUUCCUUAGUAUCAUCAAUCCUUGCCAUUGGAGCAGCUAUCAGCGCUCUUCCAGUGGGUGUGUUAGCCAACAAAGUGGGCAGAAGACCGACAGUGCUGAUCCUCUCCAUACCAUUCCUUCUGAACUGGCUGCUCACUAUCUUCGCCAAUGGAGCUAGUAUGCUCAUCGCUGCGAGGUUCUUCGCUGGAUUGGCUACUGGUGGUGCUUGCGUGGCGGCUCCGAUGUACAUCGGUGAGAUAGCAGAGACUUCCAUCCGAGGGUCUUUGGGUGCCUUCUUCCAGCUGUUCCUGACUGUCGGCAUCCUGUUUACCUUCGUGGUCGGUGGCUGGACUCAUUGGAGGACGCUCUCCAUCAUCUCUGCUGUCUUCCCCGUCCUAUUGGUUGCUGUAUUCUGGUGGAUGCCAGAAACUCCUCAGUACCUUCUUGGCAAGAACAGGCGACGUGAUGCGGAGAAGUCUCUCCGUUGGCUGCGCGGACCUGAUGCGGACCUUACUGCUGAACUGGAGGAAAUGCAAAAAGAUGUGGACGAUGCAUCUCGUCAACGAGCUGGGGCACUAAGCAUGUUAACAACCAAGGGACCUCGCAUGGCGCUCAUCUGUGGGCUCGGCCUCAUGUUCUUCCAGCAGUUCAGCGGCAUCAACGCCGUCAUCUUCUACACGAACAACAUCUUCCAGUCUGCUGGCUCCAACAUCCCUCCCGUCAUCGCCACCAUCAUCGUAGGAGUCGUCCAGACCAUUGCUACUUACCUCUCUUCUGUCUUCGUCGACAAAGCUGGUCGUAGGAUCCUGCUCCUCCAAAGUACGAGCAUCAUGGGUCUUUGCCUCGUCAUCCUUGGCAUCUACUUCAAGAUGCAGAAAGAUGGCUACAACGUCGCUGCCUUCGGUUGGAUCCCUCUCGUCUGCCUCAUCCUGUUCAUCGUGUCCUUCUCCAUGGGCUUCGGUCCCAUCCCGUGGAUGAUGAUGGCUGAGCUCUUCCCUGUGGAGUACCGUGGAACUGCCACUGGUAUCACGGUCAUUACCAACUGGAUGCUGGUCUUCGUGGUCACGCUCUGCUUCCCCAUCAUGCAGGUAGCCAUCGGCAUCUACAGCUGCUUCUGGUUCUUCGCUGGUUUCAUGGUCCUUGGUACCAUAUUCGUAUUCUUCCUCAUCCCCGAGACCAAAGGUAAGACUAUAUCCCAAAUCCAAGCCAUUUUGGCCGGUAAGAACUAUUAAAAUAAGGUUUACUUUAGUUCAACAACCAAAUAUGUAUAUACUAUGUCCAAUCUAUCUUGCCUUAUCCAAAGUUUGGUUCUUAAGAGUGAGUAGGAUAGAAAUAUGUACAAAUAGUAAAGAGUGAGAGAGAUAGAAUUUGGUAAGCACUUUAGUAGGGCCAAGAUAUUUUGUACGAACUUUAGUGAGGAAAAUGGUGUAAGAGAGUGAUUGGAAAUCUGCCUUAAUACAAAGCAAUAAGGGUGAUUUUUGUAGUACAUUUGUAAACUGCUAUGUCAAUUGAGUAGUAUAUUUAAACAUAUAUGUGAUACUAUGAAUGAGUAAUUAAAUAAUGUUUACUACAGAGGAAAUAUGUAAAUUUUGAUAAUAUUUGUGUAGAUAAUACAGUAAGUUAGAUAUGAAACAUGACAUUUGUAACAAAAAUUAAUAAUGCUAAUUAUUUAUUGUGAGAUAUAUUAAUGGUGUCAAUGUAGCUCCACCGAUUUUUAUGUUUCAAUUUUUAUUUUAUUUUAUGAAUUAUAAAUUAUAGUAGUUUAGGGACACAGCAAUAUAAUUGUGAUGAACAAAUAUUUGAACAAUGCUUUUAGUUAUAAUAUAAAAAAAAUAUUAAAUUAUCAUGUUAAUUCUUUUAUUUCAUGUUGGCAAUAUUUAUGUUUUUAUUAUUAUUGUUUUAGCUUUUUAAUGUUAUAAACUUUUAGCUGGCCUAAUAGUUUAUUAUUGGACAUUUUAAUAUUUUUGUUCUAUAAAUUAAUUUAUAUUUAUAAAUAAGGAUAGGACAAUUAAGUGCCGUCUAAGUGCCAAAUAUAUUUAAAAUUAAAUAUUACAUAGUAACUAACUGAACGUUUAUUGAACAAAAACUAUUAAUAUGUAAGCGAUAUAAUAUUGAAAUGGAUAUGUUAGGAAAUAAUGAAAACUGCCAAGAAAUAAUGCUUUUUAUUUUAAUACCUAAAUACAAAGAAAACACAUAAAUUGCAUAAAUCAAUUAAACAUUUUACCUGCUCAGAAUAUAAUAAAAAAAUCACAACAAAUUAGUGAGAGGGUAAGCCCUAUAUACAAUGUAUAUUUACCUUACCCUAAGGUAAGUUACAUAUACAUAAAUAGGGGUAAGGUAAAUAUACACUAUGACUACUAUCAUCACCAUCAUAGGAGCCUGGUUGUCCUAUACUUAAUAUAAUCUUUGGAACCAGCAAUAUAGGGUAAACCCUAAUUCUAAUAUUAUUGUACGGUAAUGUGUAUAUAAACAAAAUGAGGGUAAAACCCGCUCCUAAAGAAAUUGUAAUAUUGUUAGGUACUUAGGUAAUGUGCCAAAAUGCCGGCUGUAAGGUUUUUAUACCGUGAUUGUUGUUGUAUGAUAAUGUUGUAUGUUUAUAUUAAUUAUAAUUUAGAACAAUAAAUAAAUAGUAAGCUGUUUA